UCUAAGCUGACAAACCGCAGGCUUUACUGUAAGCCAGUCUUAGGAGCCAGACUGAGCGGAGAGAAAGAGCCUUUCCUGCAAGAGCGAGGGGGCUCUAGGGGUGACGGGCGGCUGCAGGGGACGCAGGAGUUCUGGGCUACUGACAGGACACGGGGAAAUAAUAGUGCGAUGCCUUCCCCUGCACGCCCGUGCCCAGUGAGCGGGUGAAAGGGAGCUCAGACCCUCCGAGCCCGGGAAAGAGUGGAGAGGAUGGUCCAGCCGGCCACCCUGCUGGUCUGAGGAGGGGGUCCAGGGCUUGGGCUGCGACUGCCGGGCUCCGAGGUGAAGAAAGGCAGCCCUUCUGGCAACCAUGGUAGUCCUAGGGCUCGCCCUGAUCUUGCUUCUGGAAUACUCGGUCUCUGGUUCCGGUGAGGCAGGGAAGUUCCAAACCUUUCACUGUGACCACCAUGCCUGCAACCCACCCGUGGGGAACCUUGCCACUGGAAGGACCCCUAUCACAUUCACUACCUGUGGAGAAAGUGGUACAGAGCUCUCCUGCUCCUACCUGGACCAGCCUCCCUUCCCCUCCACCACCUUGAACUGUGGCCAUCUUCAGUGCACCAAGUGCAAUGCUCAGCAACCCAAUAAUUCCCACCCACCAUCCUCCAUGACGGAUGACGUCUUUAGCUCUCCCAACACCUGGUGGCAGUCAGCUCCAGGUAUCUCACGAGAAGAGAUUCGUCUGGACUUCGAGACAGAGUUCUACCUGACUCAUGUCAUUGUGGUCUUUAAGUCUCCCCGGCCUGCUGCCAUGAUCCUGGAGCGUUCCCAAGAUGGCGGACGUACCUGGAGGCCCUAUAAAUAUUUUGCCACCAACUGUACGGCAACCUUUGGGCUCCAAGAUGACCUCAUUGAAGAAGGCUCCCUUUGCACAUCUAGGUAUUCGGAUUCUAUUCCUUGUACCAGAGGUGAGGUCAUCUACCGGGCGCUAACUCCGACUAACCAGAUUGAAGAUCCUUAUGGCCCCGAAGCCCAAGACUUGCUGAAACUCACCAACCUCCGUCUUCAGCUGCUAAAAAGGCAGGAUUGCCCCUGCCAGGGGGUGAGGCCCCUGGAGAAGCCCCAUCGGUUCACCCACUACGCCAUCUACGACCUGAUUGUUCGAGGAAGCUGCUUCUGCAAUGGACAUGGAGAGAUGUGUCAGCUGGCCGAGGAGACGGGGAGCUCCAGGAAUAUGGUCCAUGGGACAUGUGUGUGCAGACAUCACACAGCAGGCCUACACUGUGAGAAGUGUUUGCCACUGUAUAAUGACCAGCCGUGGAAGCCAGGAGAUGGGAAAACCAGCCAGCCCAAUGAGUGCAAAAAGUGCCGUUGCCACAACCACGCUGAUAGCUGCCACUUUGAUGGAGGUGUCUGGCUGAACUCUGGGAAGCGCACCGGUGGCAUCUGCGACAACUGCCAGCACCACACGGAGGGCCGUCACUGCCAGAAAUGCAAAGCAGGGUUUUAUCGGGACUGGAGCAAGCCGAUGUCCUCCCCAGAAGUCUGUAAACCUUGCUCAUGCCAGCCCUUGGGAUCGGCCAAUGAGACUUCCCACAAGGGCUUCCCUUGCCACCCCAAGACAGGAUACUGCCUCUGCAAGCCCGGAGUGGCGGGCCCACACUGUGAUCGAUGCCUGGUGGGGUACUGGGGCUUUGGAGGAAAUGGCUGUCGUCCCUGUAACUGCUCUGGGGAAUGUGAUCCCCACACUGGAGCCUGCCUAACUGGACACGAGAAGGAGCCUUUCCUUCAUGUCCCCAUAGGUGGGCAGAUCCCUGAUCUUGUCCAGGGACCGGGCAGUGACAGUGAAGAGCCGUUAAGAUGGGAUGGUCAAGAGCGAGGAUUUUCUGCCCUGAGGCAUCCAGAAAAGUGUGUCUGCAAGGAGAAGGCAGUUGGGAAGGUCAGGGAUUUCUGCCAGAUGAAAUAUGCAUAUGUGAUAAAGGCCAAGAUCCUUUCGGCAUAUGACAAGGGCACCCACGCUGAAGUGUGGGUGAAGGUGAAGAAGAUUCUAAAGUCUGGUCAGGUGAAAAUCUCCCGGAGUCACCAGAGCAUUUACCCAGAAUCCUGGACCCACCGGGGGUGCACCUGCCCCAUUCUGAACCCAGGCACAGACUACUUGGUCGCAGGGCAGGAGGACCCCAGGAGCAGCAAACUCUUGGUCAACAUGAACAGCCUGGUGAAGCCUUGGAAAGUGUACCUGGGAAAACAAGUAGCAGGCAUCCUCCGCACUGGCUGCAAGUAACCGAGGCAGACGCCCCACAGAGCCUCACUUCUCAGCAGCAAAGUCUAGCGUGUUCACCGCUCUGAAAGCCCCAGACUGCCCAGGUGCUCAGUCUGCACUGCCCCUCCUUUCAUAAGCUCAGGACAAGGUCCUUUCUGUAGAGCCCCUGCUGCCCCACCAGAAUCUCAGACAGACGCUGGAGAGGGAUUCCACUAGGACUUAAAUGUUGGUGACAUAACGGAGGCACCCUGAGGCAGAGGAGAGAGUACUUGAUUCAGUCUCAGGAGACCUGGAUUCCCAUUUGGGCUCGUGUGACUGCUCCAACCUGGAUCCCUCUGCCUUCCAAAGGGUGGUGAUAACACCGCUUGCCCGACUUCUGUUACAGGGUUGUUGUGGGGAUGAGAUGAUGGAUGUAAAGACGCUUUGUAAACUGGGAAGUUUGUACAAAUGUAACUGGCUGCUAUUAUCAUGAAUUGCCACACCUAACACAGAUUGCCUGUUGGGGUACUGUGUUUUGUCCAUGGGCAUCUCUCGCUGUCUUUCUAGUGUUAACAAAUGGAAAAUAUGAAUUGAUCCCUAGACGCCAUAUUUUGUUGAGUUUAUUAUGGUGAAGCAAAGUGCAAAGCUUCCUUCCUUGGAGGUACCAUGGAUUGGUGGGAAAAGGGUUAGAUCUAGAUCCAGAGGUUCUAGGUUAAAAUCCUGGCUCUGCUACUUAUGGCCUAUGUGCCCUGGUGCUGGUCACUUAACCUACCUUGGCCUCAGUUUCCUUAUUGAUAAAGUCAGGAGGGUGGACCUGAUGUGGCUUAGAGAUCCCGUGGGAAGUAGUUGAAAUUGUGCUGUAGAAAGUUUGGCCUUGAACCCUUGCUUUGCUUCUUAAUGCUUGUGUUAUACCAGGCAAGUCCUUCCUGGGUCUCAUCAGUCAAAUGAGGGACCCCUGGAUGGUGCCUUCCAGCUCUAGUCCCAUGAUCCCAAGAAAUGUCAUUUCAGUUCCCCACAAACAGAAUCCCUGCUCUUAGACCAGGAUGUCAGCGAACUCAUCAGCACCCAUGGUUUCAAUGAGCACCUUUAUGCAGAUGUUUCUCAGCUCUCUUCAUCUGGCCUUCACCCCUCUCCUGAUUUCCAGUCUUGUAUCUCCAACUUCCUACUGGGCAUCUAGGACUGGAUCACCCAUAGGCAUCUUGGAAUGAGCCCAUUAUCUUUUCCCUAAACUCUCCCCCCUUCCUAACUUUCCUGUUAUAUGGUCUAGGGCUCCCAAUAUCCUUCCUGACAACCAGGCUUGCAACUGAGGGUGUCAUCCUUGACUCUUGGCUCUGUCUCACACUUCCCUGCUAUAUCACUUCUGGACUAUUGCAAGAGCCUUCCAGUUGGUCUCCAUUUGACUAUCAAAGUGACCUUCCUAAAGUGCAGACCAUGUCCCCCUAUCCCCUCCCCUAACAUUUAGUAAAUGCUAGCUGUGUGUCCCUGGGCACUGUGCCUCCCUAUGACCUCCCGGAUCAAAUAUAAAAUCAUCUGUUUGGUUUACAGAGCAUUUCAUAAUCUGGCCCUUCCUAACUUUCUGCCCUUCUUGAUGCCUUAUAGACGGUGGGGCGUCUAUGCUGUUCCUCCUCCAUGACACUCAGUUUCCUGACUCUGUUUAUCUUCCCUGGCUGUUCCCCAUGCCUGGAAUUCUCAGCUAAAACCCCACCUAGAAGUAGCCUUUUCUGCUCACCCCCCCUGCCCCGCCCCAAUUCCAGCAUCUCUCCUCUGAGCCCAUCUCCAAUUUGUCUUGUAUACACCUUGUUUGUACAGUCGUUCCUACGUCAUACAGUAAGCUUCCUGAGAGCAGGGCCUAGCUCUGCUUGUUUGUAUCUCCAACACUUAACACAGUGCCGAGCACUUAACCCAUGCUUGACUUGACUUGUUGGAAAUGGGACCUCAAGGAAGACAGACUCAGAGCUGGAAGGGCCUGCAGAGGUCAUGCAUGCAGUCCAUCCCCUGCCUGUCCUAGGCGGGAUUUGAAGACCUCUGGCUCACUUUGCCCAAUCGUUGAGGGCCAGGCUAUCCAAGCUGAAGACCUUCCUUUGCAACCUGUUUCCACACACCACUAACCUGAGCAUGCUAUUUUCCAGACAGAUUGGACAACCCAAGCUGAGCCUGACCCUCUCAGGCCUCUGUGCAGUUGGGCAGGAUGAGCUUCUUCUCUCGGCCUUUCAGCAUCCUUCUCUGCCUUCAAGGUCUAGCUCAGGAGCUAAUUUUCUUGCUCCCCUCCUCCUCCAGCCCACCGCGGCUGAGGGCUCUUUGUCUUGGGGCACUCUGGAUUUCUCAUUAUUCUUCCUCUCCCCCCUUCCCUAUUAUGAUAUUUACUUAUGUGCUUAUUCUCUUAGGAGAGCCUAUUUUGCUUGAGGAUGGGGACUGUGUCAGUUUUUAUCUUUGUAUUUGAGCACUUAGCUGAUGCUUACUGAAUCUUGGCUGAAUUCUUGGCCCUCACGGUGGACACCAUCAUCACUACCGGUAUUGACUUUUUUUUUUUUCUUUUAGUGAGGCAAUUGGGGUUAAGUGACUUGCCCAGGGUCACACAGCUAGUUAAGUGUUAAGUGUCUGAGGCCGGAUUUGAACUCAGGUACUCCUGAUUCCAGGGCCGGUGCUCUAUCCACUGCGCCAUCUAGCUGCCCCCGGUAUUGACUUUUGAAUAUCUACAGUGAAGAAGCAAUAGUGGUUCUCUGUCUCGACAUUUUAACCCUGGCUUUGUGACUUAUGACUGAUGAAACAGAGGCUCUGGUUUGGGCUGGUGGUGAAGUGUUGUGUCUGAGGGUGGUUUUAGAUCCAACAUCUAGGUGGUACUGGUUUAAUAAAAUCCUAGAAACUCAUGAAAGACCGGACCAACCUUAACAAGCGGUAAUUGUGUGAUACCAUGGGAAGAAUCCUGUGUCAUCAAGGUCACCAGGUCAUCUUGGGGAAAUACCUCGUUACAUUAUUAUGGUCAUUCCAUUCUGGAGGGUUUCCUCUUGGUCCUUUAAUUCUGCUCAGAAUCUCUUGCACCCAGGUCCUAGGGAUUAAAGUAUUUACAUGCAUCUUCAUCACCUGAUUCCUGUUGAGUGGUUGUUCUGUGUGUAGAUGUGGACUUUCUUCUGGGGACACGAUCCAAAAAUUCUUAGAAAGGUUGAGGAGUGUGGUGGCAAGGGCCCUGGGCUGAGGGCUGAGGCUCUUGCUGUGUGACCUCGGAAGUUAAAUAAAGGAUGCUGAAAUGCUUCCUUAAGCUGUAAAUGGGUGAGAGAUUAUUGCUAUUGUGAGAUUUAAAAUUGGAUAUUAGAUCAUAAAUCUCUCCUACUUA